AUGGGGCUGCUGGAGCCCCGCACGGGCGAURCCCGUGCCUGGGCGCUGCGGCUGCACCGUGGCUGCGUCGCCACGCGCUUGGAGGAGGGUCUGGAGGGGCUGAGCUCCUGCUGUGUAUCCAGCCCGUGUGCCUCGUGGAGGCUGCGCGGCCUCGUGGAGGCCGGAGGUGGCUGUCGCUGGCGGGAGCUGCAGAGCGUUUACCUGGUCCCCGCUGCUUGCCAGUGCUUCUCGCUCGAGGAGGACGACUUGAACUUAACAUCACUGGAUGCAGAAACCAUCUUGGAGGCAGAAGAGAUCCUGGGCACGAUGCAGAACUACCUCGACUCCUCCGUGAUCUCUAUCAUCGAGGACCUGUCCCUCAGCGAGAACAAGGCCUGCCUGGAUGCGCACAACGAGCUGUCCCUGCUCACCGCCAUCACGGAGAUCCUGGACAGCACGGACGACGAGACCUUGUCCCCCUUCGACAACAUCAUGGACGCGGAGCUGCUCACCUCGCCUCGGGAGCGUGAGAAUCCCUCGUUCCAGAAGUUUCUCAGCUUAUCCCGGCCGCCCCUUGAGCGCGAGAGCCCUGCCCUGGAGCAGCCCAAGGGGCUGCGGCCUCUGAGCGGCAGCAGYGUCUCCGUGGUUGGGAAGGCUGACGCAGACCUGGUUUGGGACCGUGCUGCUCACAGCCUCGAGGACCCGGCGCUACCAAAGAAACAAGUGUGCAGCACCCCGAGGGUGGAGAGGAAGCUGGGCCGGCCCCGGGCCCGCGAGCAGCCCCUGCCGCAGCGCAGCGACGGGGAGGAAGAGGAGGAGGAGGCUGCCCUGAGCCCGGAGCUGGGCAGCGGCAGGGAGGCUGCGGAGCUUGGCAUGAGCGGGGCCGGAGCGGCGCUCAAGGAGCGUGAAGACCCCUGUAUCAUCAACACGGGCAACGUGCCCCUGAGCGAGCUGGUGAAGUCCAUGCACCCCUACUGCCUGCCCACCUUCACCGUGUGCCUGGACCCCGAGACGGAGCCCGUGGCCAAGGAGAUCCUGAACGGUCCCGUCUUGCUGGAAAUUGUGCCUGGGGAGGGAGAGAGCAUGGAGAUCCCUGUGGUCCUGCAACCGCUGGCACCUACCUUUCCUGACCUGCAGCCGCAGCUCCUGGGAGCAGAGGAGGGUGCUGAGGAGCCGGUUCCAGAAGAUCCCAAGGGGCUGCAGGGAGCCCCUGCGCGGGAGAGCAACUUGGAGAMGAGCCCGCUGGAGAAGGAGCCCUGCGGCACAGCCCCGGAGAGCACGUCCCUGCCCGAGGCACCAGCUCCUGCAGCCUGGCGCCCACACAGCAGCUCCCAGGGCAGCACGGAGGUCCUGGCCAGCGGGAAGCGCGAGGGCUCUGAGAAGGGGCGCGGGCGCGAGAGAGCCCGGAAGAGUCGGAAAAAGAAAUCGGCGGCGGGCGCGAGCGAGCAGGCGAGGCCGGGCCGGGCCUGCGUGGCGCAGCGGCUGCGCUCGGGUGGCUCGGCGCGGGCGCAGGCCCCGGGGCAGCCCGCCGGGCAGCGCCGCGCGGCACGGCCCUCCGCACAGGUCUCCGACUUCCUGGCCAAGCAGCUGGAACGAGCCCGCAAGGARGGGCAGAUGGAGCUGCGUGCCGAGCGCGCCCCGCGGCCCCGGGGCAGACCCCGCGGUGCCACGACCGCCUCACAACCCAGCGCGGAGCAUGGGGAGCCCCACAAGGAGCCGGAGGCCGGGAGUGUGGUCCUGGCUGCGGAGAAGGCUGACACCGUGGUGCUUUGGGAGAAGGCUGCACCAAGCACGGAGGAGCUGCGGGCAGCAGCACAGCCCGGCCCCACGGAGCCGCGUGAGGCCAGGGAGUCCUUGGCACAGGUGCCCGGCGGCCGGCAGAGCAGCAGCACGGAGGCCACCUCUCUGCUGCCCAGCACGGAGCCCGUGGCGGAGCCGGCCGAGGGGCUGCCCAAGGAGGSCCGGCCCAAGGCGCUGAGCCUGCGCGAGUACCGCAUGCGCAUGCUGCAGCGCCAGCCCAGCGCGGGCGCCAGGAAGGACGGCGAGCAGCCGCCAGCCGGCAAGUGGCCCAGCGUCCCGGAGCCCCCRACGGAGCUGGCCGAGAUCCCCUGCCUGGUAUCGCCUGUGCGCCCRCCCACCGAGGCCCCCAGCGCCCCGAAGAGCCCGGAGAAGCCCACCAGCCCGGCAGCUGUCCCUCCUCCUGCCGCCAAAGCUCCUGCCGCCUCAGCUCCAGUGCCGUCGGCUGCUCCGCUGCCCUCAGCCACAUCGGUGCCUUUCACCGCACCCCACGUGCCCCCUGUGACGGGGGCGAUGCCGCCAGCGCCGGCCGGUGCUUAUGCCCUUUACCCACCCGUGCCUUCGUGGCCCUGCUUCGGCCCGCAGCCCGUGGGCUGCCCCGGCCUGCCCCCGCCGCCCACCGCCGCCUCGCCCGCCGCCUUCCACGUGGUGCCCGGCCUCACACCGCCAGCCAUGGCCUGGCCCCCGCCGCCCGCCGUGCCGCCCUUCGGCCCCGGCACCCCCUAUGCCCCRCUGGGCUGGGCACCGCCAUCCUACUGGCCAGGAAUCCCGCUGCCACCUCCGGUGCCUCCACCGGUCUACGGAGACCCCGGCGCCGCCCUGCAGAGCGCGGUGGCCGCUGCCACGUUCCCGGCCGGCGGGCUGCCCGGCACGCCCCUGGAGGAGCCCCCGGCUCCAGCCUCCACCCAGCUCCCGAAGGCCCCCCCAGCCACCACCUCUAGCCCUGCCGAGGGGUCCCCCGCUGCUGCCACCGCACCUGGAGACUCUCCUGUCACCCACCCUUCCGUGGAGACUGCAGCACCGGGCAAGGCGGCUUCAGAGAAGGCGCAGCCGGAGAGCAGGGCGGCCGCGCAGCCGGAGAGCAAGGCGGCCGCGCAGCCGGAGAGCAAGGCGGCCGCGCAGCCGGAGAGCAAGGCGGCCGCGCAGCCGGAGAGCAAGGCGGCCGCGCAGCCGGAGAGCAGGGCGGCCGCGCAGCCGGAGCCACCGAGCCCCAGGGCCGCGGCGGGGCCGAAAGCGGCGCGGGAGAGCAGCCUGCCCGGCAGGGCGCCCGGCCGGCCCUGGAGGCACCAGCCGCUCGUCAGCCUCGUGCCGCCCGGCGACAGCAGCCAGGAGCUCGUGCAGGCUUUCAUCAGCGAGAUUGGYAUCGAAGCCACUGACCUGUGCAGCCUGCUGGAGCAGUUUGAGAAGUCUGAAGCUAAGAAAGAAGAGGCUCCCGUGCAGCUCCCUGAGGAGAGGCGGCUGGCGGCAAGCUCUGGAUCGGAGAGCCAGCAGGACAAGAAGCCCCCCGACAGCCUGCAGGCCUCCGAGCUGGCCAACGUGGCAGGUCUCACUCCACCAGCGACGCCCCCGCACCARCUCUGGAAGCCCUUGCCCGCCGUCUCGCUGCUGGCCAAGGCCAAGUCGCCCGGCUCCGCGCCCCAGGAGGGGCCCCAGAAGAGCACCAAGCUCCCCAAAGCCCAACAGCCGCCCCCGGGCAGGCCGCAGGAGAGGAGCACGGCGCCCGCCCCGGCCCCCAGCCACGUCUGCGCGGGCGACCACGACUACUGCAUGCCGGGCCCGGCGCGCGGCGCCGGCGCGCAGCCCCCGGCCGAGAGCGGCUCCCGCUGGAACGUCAAGCACCACCGGGACAUCACCAUCAAACCCAUCUCCUCCCUAACCCAACGGACGCUGGACCAGCCCGAGCCCGCCCCGCCAGCCCCCGCCGCCAAAGGGGCGCCCAGCCAGGAGCCCCUGGCCCCCCUGGAUUAUCGGACUAGCGUCCCCGGGCGGGCCGUGGCYGGGCGCAGCAGCCCGCCGCCCUCGGUGCUCCUGUCUCCGGCCGCGUCGCCGUGCCGGGAUGCGGAGGUGCGGACUGCCAGCGCCCAGCCCGGCCGCGCCGCUGCCAAGAGGUCCCUGCGCUGCUACCGCGGAGGCCGGGACUCGCCCGGCCCCUCCACUGGCAGCUGGAGGGCCCACAGGAGCCGUGCCAGCCGCUCCUUCAGCUCCAGUUCRGAUGGAGCUAGCGAGUCCUCGUCUUCGUCUUCAUCCUCAUCCUCCCGGUCCCGGUCAAGGUCGUUCUCCCCGCCGUCUAAGCGGUGGAGAAGCUCUUCCUCGCGCUCCAGCUGUGGCUCCUGCGGCAGAUCCCGGGACAGGUCCUCGUCCUCAUCGUCAUCAUCCUCCUACUCAUCCCGGUCCACAUCCCGCAGCCAGUCCCGCUCCCCCUCUCCCCGCAGGAGGAGUAACAGGCGGAGAAGAUACAGCUACGACGCACAGGACCAUUACCAAAGGCAGAGGAUCCUCCAGAAGGAACGUGCAAUAGAGGAGCGGCGAGUUGUCUUCAUUGGCAAGAUCCCCAGCAGGAUGACACGGUCGGAGCUGCGGCACCGCUUCUCCGUGUUCGGGGACAUCGAGGAGUGCACCCUGCACUUCCGCUCCGAGGGGGACAACUACGGCUUUGUCACCUACCGCUACGCCGAGGAGGCCUUUGCCGCCAUCGAGAGCGGGCACAAGCUGCGGCGCCCGGACGAGCAGCCGUUCGACCUGUGCUUCGGCGGCCGCCGCCAGUUCUGCAGGAGGAACUACGCCGACCUGGACUCGAAUCGGGAGGAUUUCGACCCGGCUCCCGUGAAAAGUAAGUUUGACUCCCUGGACUUCGACACGCUGCUGCGGCAGGCACAGCGCAGCCUCCGGAGGUAGCGGAAGGCAUGGCGGAGCGCCCGCCCCCGCUUUUAUAUGGAAAUACAAAAGACAAAAAAAGAAGUAUGAAGA